AUGGAGUCUGAAAAAAACCAACGGGCGAAAAAUUGGUCACACGGUGAAAUUGCUGCGCUUGCAGGCGCAAUUGAAAAACACUACACAAGCUUGUUUGGAAGGUUCAGCCAGAAUUUAACUUCCAAGGAUAAGUCAUCGCUGUGGAAAAUGAUCGCCGAGGAAGUUAAUGCUGUUGGUGGUUGGAGUCGAAAAGACGAAGACUGUCAACGGAAGUGGACAGACCUGAAGAGUGUGGUUAAAAAAAAAGGAACAGAAAAGGCGUGUUCCAUGCAGAGAACAGGAGGCGGGCCUCCGGAAACGGAUAUCAGCCUAAAGCCUAUCCAAGAAAAGAUUCUAUCCAUGAUACCACCAGUCUUGAUUAAUGGCGUUGGUGGAGUCGACACUUUCGUUGAAAUGUCAUCUUCAAGCAGUCCAUCUGCUAAAGAUAUGGAUGUUGCGGUAUCAUAUCAAGUAAAACCACAACCACUGUGCAAAGAAACUGCAGGACAUGCCAGCACUGGUCUUCAAGAAAGUGCAACAGCUACUACCAGCUCCAGAACAAAACCAACAACACCAAAGAAAUCUUCAAAAACCCAAAAGGUCAGCGACCUGAUGUUUGAGACGGAGUUCUUACAUGUAAAUGAAUCUUAA